UCAUGGACUUGUGUCCAUCCUUGGGGUGGGGAGCUGUACCUAUGUUUGUAUUCACAGGGUAGGGCAUCUGAAGGAAGGUGUGCGGGUGAAGCUGAGAGGGAGAGGGGGCUUGUUUGUGCAGAUGGAAUCUGUGGGCCUGGGGUGGGGGGAGGGAGCAAGGGUGCAGCAGGAGUGAGAGUGUGUGGCAGGCAAGAGCAGGCUGAGCCCCCUCCACCCCUCCACUUCCAGGUCAGCCAGAACAGCCUCACCAUGCUGUCCUCACCAUCGCCGGGCCAGCAGGUGCAGACCCCGCAGUCGAUGCCCCCUCCCCCCCAGCCGUCCCCGCAGCCUGGCCAGCCCAGCUCGCAGCCCAACUCCAACGUCAGCUCCGGCCCUGCCCCUUCCCCCAGUAGCUUCCUGCCCAGCCCCUCACCGCAGCCCUCCCAGAGUCCAGUGACGGCACGCACCCCGCAGAACUUCAGUGUUCCCUCCCCGGGACCUUUAAACACCCCUGUGAAUCCCAGCUCGGUCAUGAGCCCAGCUGGCUCCAGCCAGGCUGAGGAGCAGCAGUACCUGGACAAGCUGAAGCAGCUCUCCAAGUACAUCGAGCCCCUACGCCGUAUGAUCAACAAGAUCGAUAAAAAUGAAGACAGAAAAAAGGAUCUGAGUAAGAUGAAGAGCCUUCUGGACAUUCUGACAGAUCCCUCUAAGCGGUGCCCCCUGAAAACACUCCAGAAGUGUGAGAUUGCCCUGGAGAAGCUCAAGAAUGACAUGGCAGUGCCCACGCCCCCACCACCCCCGGUGCCGCCAACCAAGCAGCAGUACCUGUGCCAGCCACUCCUGGAUGCCGUCCUGGCCAAUAUCCGCUCACCUGUCUUCAACCAUUCCCUGUACCGUACAUUCGUGCCAGCCAUGACGGCCAUCCACGGCCCACCCAUUACGGCCCCGGUGGUAUGCACUCGGAAGCGUAGGUUUGAAGACGAUGAACGGCAGAGCAUUCCUAACGUGCUCCAGGGGGAGGUGGCCAGAUUAGACCCUAAGUUCUUGGUGAACUUGGACCCAUCUCACUGCAGUAACAACGGCACCGUCCACCUGAUAUGCAAGUUGGAUGACAAGGAUCUCCCGAGCGUGCCGCCGCUGGAGCUCAGUGUGCCUGCCGACUACCCCGCCCAGAGCCCACUGUGGAUUGACAGGCAGUGGCAGUACGACGCCAACCCCUUCCUGCAGUCAGUGCACCGGUGCAUGACCUCGAGGCUGCUGCAGCUCCCGGACAAGCACUCGGUCACAGCCCUGCUCAACACCUGGGCGCAGAGCAUCCACCAGGCCUGCCUCUCCGCCGCCUAGCCACCCACCCACUGGGGACCACGGGGAUAGCCGGCAGCCUUGUCGGGGCCACAGCGGACAUGCACCUCACGUUGGAUAUUUCUAGGUGUUGGCUCCCUUAGAGAACCUGGGCUUAGAUUAGCUUUCCUGCUUUUAUCUUCUGCCUUGGGGACCUGCCAAACAUUUUCCCAUACUUAUACGUGACUGGGGCAGGUGGCUGUGGAGCUGGCUGCUUCGUGGUGGGGUUGGGACUCCCCCACCCCCACUCCCCCCCGGGAGUCGGACAUGCCUCAGCCCUGUGUGCUCCUCCUUGGGCUGCUGUCCCCUUGGCUUCUCCAGGGCCCAUGUCCUUCCUCAGCAGCCUGGGGGAGAACUCCAGGUCUCGUUAGAGCCUCUUGUGUGUGUGCCAGAAAGCUUUUUGUUUCUGUAGGGGAACAUGGAGAGCAUAGGAAACCCUGAAAACACACACAGAAUUCUCUGGUCACAGUUUUGGGUUCAGACCCUUCCACCAUUGCCGUGGGGGGCACGCCACUGGGAAGCUCCUGGAUCCAAGGGCCGCUGGCUGCGUCUCAGAAGGAAAGUCGGCCAGCAGGCAGUUGUGAAUCCCCUGCCAUCACCUGGGACUCAUACCUCAUGGCAUUCUCCCUUUAAGCCAUGGGGGUCUGCUCAGCACUGUGGGGGUGCCUAGGGAGCAGGGACACCUGAGUGGAUCCUGUACCUGGCACCGUGCCCACUCACUGGGCACUUGGGCCUGUUCUUGGGUCAGGGCAGCAUCCUCAGGACCUGGCGUCAUCAGAGCUGCUCCAGAGAGUGAAAGCUCCCUGACAGGGCAUCAGCCCUCUGGCAAUGAGAGGUUUCCCCUUUUGUAUGUGCACUACCGUGUCAUCUGUGGUUCUUAUAAUAAAUUUAUUAUUCCUGUG